GUCACUUUGCAAAGUCUCGAAGUCUGUGGAUCAACACGACGUGCUGCUUGAACAUGGCGUGAAUUUCGAACAGAUAUUUGUGUAAAUAGUUCGAUCAGAGACGAUUAAUCGACUCUUUCGAGGUCGCGAGCAGACGCGGCCGCUGGUUGAGUUGAAUUAGGCACUCGCGAAUUCGGAGCCGAAAUGAGUGUCGACACGUACGGGCCGAGUUCGCAGACGCUCACCUUCCUGGACACCGACGAAGGUGCCGAUCUGAUCGGGGCCGACACGCAGGGCUCGGAGUUCGACUUCAAGGACUUCACUUUGCCCUCGCAGAGCCAAACCCAGGCGUCCCAGUUGGACAUCGGACACCACUCGAUCUUGCCCGGACAGGUCAACGGGCUAAUUUUGGAGAAUGGCACGGACAGGGACGUUGUCGCGGUCACCUCGGCCUUGGGCGAGUUGCAGUUUGAGGAGGAGGAAGAGGAGGCUUAUUACAACCGGGACCUGCCAGACUUUGCUUGCCGUUACUGCUGCAUCCACGACCCAGGCUGUGUGGUUAUGUGCAACAUAUGCAAAAAGUGGUUCUGCAAUGGUCGUGGCAACACAUCUGGCUCCCACAUUGUGAACCAUCUGGUCCGAGCCAAGCACAAGGAGGUGACUUUGCAUAAGGACGGACCUUUGGGAGAAACCGUACUUGAGUGUUAUUCAUGCGGAGUCCGGAACGUCUUUGUCCUCGGGUUCAUUCCGGCCAAAGCCGACUCGGUCGUGGUGCUCCUUUGUCGCCAGCCAUGCGCCGCCCAGAGUUCUCUGAAGGACAUGAAUUGGGACCAAGAGCAAUGGAAGCCACUUAUUGCAGACAGGUGCUUUUUGUCUUGGCUGGUGAAAAAUCCCAGCGAGCGAGACCAAAUGCGGGCCAGGCAAAUCUCUGCCCAGCAGAUCAACAAGCUCGAAGAGUUGUGGAAGGAAAACGCUGAAGCCACAUACCAGGAUUUGGAAAAACCUGGCGUGGACGAAGAACCGCAGCAAGUUUUGCUCAGGUACGAAGAUGGAUACCAGUACCAGAACAUUUUUGGGCCUCUUGUCAAACUCGAAGCUGAUUACGACAAAAGGCUGAAAGAGUCGCAGACUCAAGACAACAUUGAAGUACGCUGGGAUGUUGGUCUCAACAAGAAAACCAUUGCUUAUUUCACACUUGCGAAAACUGAUGGAGACAUGAAACUAAUGCAUGGUGAUGAGUUGCGCCUGCGUUACCUGGGUGAGCUUCACAAGCCUUGGUCUGGUGUGGGCCACGUUAUAAAAAUUCCCGACAACUUUGGAGAAGAAGUUGGCAUUGAGCUGAAAAGCAGCACCGGCGCACCCACUGAUUGUGUUUCAAACUUUGUUGUUGACUUCAUUUGGAAAUCCACUUCAUUCGACAGGAUGCAAGUUGCUCUCCGAAAAUUCGCCGUUGACGAGAAUUCAGUCUCGAGUUACAUCUAUCAUCGUCUACUGGGACACGAAGUAGAGGAGGUCCUCUUUCGUUGUAAUUUGCCCAAACAUUUCUCAGCACCCAAUCUUCCUGAUCUUAACAGAUCUCAAGUCUACGCUGUGAAACAGGCCUUGCAACGUCCCUUGUCAUUGAUUCAGGGUCCUCCUGGAACAGGAAAAACCGUCACCUCAGCGUCAAUUGUUUACCACCUGGUGAAGCAGAGCAAUGGGUCAGUUUUGGUUUGCGCUCCUUCAAAUACGGCUGUAGACCAGCUGACAGAGAAGAUACACCUGACCGGACUGAAGGUUGUCCGUCUCUGCGCCAAGUCAAGAGAGGCCAUCGACUCGCCUGUGUCAUUCCUUGCGCUGCAUAAUCAAAUCCGAAAUAUGGAUAGCAAUACUGAGCUGCAAAAGCUCCAGCAGCUAAAGGACGAGACCGGAGAAUUGUCCUCUGUGGAUGAAAAGCGGUACAGGAUGUUGAAGAAGAGUGCUGAGAGGGAGUUGAUUGAGGCAGCAGAUGUGAUUUGCUGCACUUGUGUAGGCGCCGGAGACCCAAGACUGCAGCGACAGAAAUUCAACUCCAUUUUGAUCGACGAAAGCAUGCAGGCCACUGAACCAGAGUGCAUGGUGCCAGUUGUCCUUGGGGCAAAACAACUGAUUCUGGUCGGCGAUCACUGUCAGCUGGGUCCUGUAGUCAUGUGUAAGAAGGCUGCCAGAGCUGGCCUUUCACAGUCACUGUUCGAACGCCUUGUGGUCUUGGGCAUCAAGCCCUUCCGUCUCGAAGUUCAGUACCGAAUGCACCCUGAAUUGUCAAGAUUCCCAUCAAACUUCUUCUACGAGGGCUCUCUGCAGAAUGGCGUCAGUGAUGAUGACAGACGUUUGAAGGGCAUCGAUUUCCCUUGGCCUCAGCCUGAAAAGCCCAUGUUCUUCUAUGUCACCCAAGGUCAGGAGGAAAUUGCAGGAUCAGGAACCUCUUACUUGAACAGAACCGAAGCUUCCAAUGUUGAAAAAAUCACCACCAGAUUCCUGAAAGCUGGUAUGAAGCCAGAGCAGAUCGGAAUCAUCACCCCUUACGAAGGUCAACGUGCUUACUUGGUUCAAUACAUGCAGUACCAAGGCUCUCUUCAUUCAAAGCUGUAUCAAGAAAUUGAGGUUGCAAGUGUCGACGCCUUCCAAGGUCGAGAGAAAGACCUGAUCAUUAUGUCAUGCGUCCGUUCUAAUGAACACCAAGGAAUCGGUUUCCUGAAUGACCCGCGACGUCUCAAUGUAGCUCUCACUCGAGCUAAAUAUGGUAUCAUCAUUGUUGGAAAUCCAAAGAUCCUCUCUAAGCAACCUCUCUGGAAUAAUCUGCUGAACUUCUACAAAGAACACAAGGUGCUGGUCGAAGGACCACUAAACAACUUAAAGGAGUCGCUCAUUCAAUUCUCCAAACCCAAAAAACUGAUCAACUCUGCCAAUCCUGGCACCCACUUCAUGCUGACAACCAUGUAUGAUGCUCGCGAAGCCAUGAUCCCUGGCAGCAUCUACGACAGGACCGGAGGACACAUGAAUGGAAUGGCAGGGCCCUCUACAUACUACAGACCAAACCAAUGUUUGUGGCCUGGUGCUCAAAUGGACCCCUACAGCCGAACCCACGAUGCCAUUAGCUACAUUUCACCUGAGAGGGCUCAGGCGGCUAUGAAUAACAUGCCAGUGCCUGUUGGAAUGUUCAUGAACAUGACACACGUUCCUCCUAGAUUCUACAAUCAACACCAACAAUCUUUACAAAACGUUCGUCAAGGUGGAAGAGGUAAUGGCCGAGGCGGUAACACUCGAGGAGGUCGUGGAGGAAAGCCUGGCCGUGGAAUUCUUCGUACUGGUGGACAGAGCUUGAGCAGUCAAGAGGCGUCACAACCAUACAGCCAGAAUAUGCCUUUAACUCAAGGAAUGUCCCAGGGAAUGUCUCAGCCAGGAUUCAGCCUCUCACAGGCUGGUCUUUCCCAGCCAGAGUUCUCUCAAGAUAGCUACAUGAUGGGUGGUGACUACCACUCCCAAGUCGACGGACUUCUCUCGCAGGACUCGACAUACCAGGGAGACCGGUCCGCCUUCUACUCGGGCGCAUCGCAGGGCGGCCAGUUCUCUCAGCCGUACUGAACUCGCACGGAGGAUCACACACCUAAAUUCGCAAAUCCCAGGCUCGCGUCGCGACUGAGCAAGGUUGAGAUACGAAAAAUGAGCUGCUGCACAAACACACUGUUGUGAAGAGAAAGGAGAAAAGAAAGGCCCCCUGAAGUGAGACAAGAUUUUCCAGAUCAAGUUGUGGCCUCUCGUCCCUGCCGUGGAGUCGAUUAUUCCAGCUGCUCAGUCUCACCUGAGAUUGCACCGAGUCUGGAAUGGGGGAUUUAUAGAAGGAGGCAGUGGACAGAGCAUCCCGAAUCUGAAGCAGCGAUCGUUCAGUACCAACCGCUUUGGUCUUGAAUCAAAAUAUCACACGGAGUAUCGAAAGCACUGCAAUCAAUGGAGACGAAGAAAUAUACACUAACUAACCACACCGAAAACCACCAGCAACACAGUUAUCAAACAUUAAAAGGGAUUAACAAUUUUCAGUUAGAGUUAGAAUUUGCUUGUAAUAAUUGAGAAUCAGAAAAUUCACACGUAGAAGGGGUCCUAUUUAAUUUGAAGGAAAAUUUAUUCGCAUCAACAGCUGCAACUUUAAAUUUGACGUUUCUGACUUGAGGCGCACAUGAAGUGCCGACAAAUUAUCAUCAAACAGGGUAUUUGCAACUCGCCACUAACGGAUGAGAGACUCACUUUGUAUGCGCCUCAAACCGGCUAAAAUGUACUUCCUUUUUAUUUA